AUGAGCGAGAGCUCGAGGGGUGCUUCUCAGGAGGCAGAUUUGAGCCGGGCCCAGUCACCCACACACUCAAGAGAUCAGAGCGCCGAGCCAAACACCGGCUACGAGGAAGGACGCAUCACGGUAAGUGUCCGCGUGCGGCCACUGAACGCACGCGAGACGAAGCUGAACUCCGGGAGCUGCAUCGCUCCACUUGCCGCGUACAACACUCUCUACAUCCUCCCGCCAGGAGAAUUGGAGCAGAAUGUGAACGCGCUGCUCGCCGUCGACCCACAUCUGCGCGGCACCCGUCACCACCGCUUCACCUUUGACCACGUCUACCCAGUGGAUUCCACACAGGAGCAGGUGUACGAGCAGAUCGGAAGACCGGUGCUACAAUCCAGCUUCCGCGGCUACCACACGUGCAUUUUCGCCUAUGGCCAGACGGGCAGUGGAAAAAGCUACUGCAUGAUGGGCGCUGAUGGCGGCUGCUCCAUCGACGACGCACCGGGCAUUAUACCGCGCCUCUGCCGUGAAGUGUUUCUCGAGAUGGACAAGGUAAAGCAAGCCGCCGCGGCAAACGAGGAGAACGUGGACUUCAGCGUCUACGUCAGCUACCUCGAAAUCUACCGGGAACGUGUGCGCUCCCUCUUGAGCGAGGUACACGAUGCCAGGAUUGUGGCAGGUGGCAACGAGGAGUCUGGGCCCGCCUCGCCGCGGGCCAUAUCGGGGUCUCUGCGUCGCCAUGGCCUGCUUCACGCGGCUGACUCGGCGGAUGCCGCUCUGCGCGUGCGCGAGCACCCAACCCUUGGCGUCUAUGUGGAAGGGCUGGCCGAAAUUUCCGUGACAAAUGAGGAGCAGGUGCUACGGCUCAUGGUGCGAGGGAAUCAGCGCCGGCACAUGGCAUCGACCCGCAUGAACGAAACGUCAAGCCGCUCGCACGCCAUCUUUACGCUGCAGCUGCUGCAGAAGCGUACACACGCCGUCCAGCCCGGAGAGGGCGGCUCUGGCGGCGCGAUCACAGGGGCACCAGCCACCGCCGUGGCGACAAUGACAACACAGCUGGGGGCCAAGAUCAACUUGGUGGAUCUUGCCGGCAGCGAGCGUGCCAAGGCAACCGGAGCGGAUGGCGACACCCUCAAGGAAGGCGCCCAGAUCAACAAGUCUCUCACAACACUCGGCAUUGUCAUCAAUGCCUUGGCCGCCCAGUCAAUCGCCACCGUCAGCAGUUCCACCGGGCAGUCGCCAAUGAAGUCCGCUGCUACAUCGAAGCGGCACAUCCCCUACCGAGACUCGACACUCACCUUUCUCUUGAAGGAGUCCCUGGGAGGCAAUAGCAAAACGUUCAUGAUUGCCACUGUUAGCCCCAGCGCCGACAGCUAUGAAGAGUCGCUCAGCACACUCCGGUACGCAGAUAGGGCCAAGUCCGUCAUGAUGAAGGCGUUUGUGAAUGAAACGGCCGGUGACAAGCGAAUACGAGAGCUGGAGGAGGAGGUGAUGCGGCUUCGCCAGCAAAUUCGCUCGCUGCUCAGUGCCGAAGCGCGGCGCUCCUCCACUCCGAUGGCGACGCCGGCAGCAAGGCCGGUAAUGCUCGCGGACAGCGACUCGUCUCUUCAGCCCUCACUCGUAGGAGGCGGUGACGGCAACCCUGUCGAGGGCAAGUGGAUUGACCAGGACAAGAGCGACAGCCGUGAGACGAGCAUGGCGCACUCAUCGGCAGCCGGUAUGGAGGUGGCAAUCGUGCCCGAUGGUGAGGCGGACGUGCAGGCGCCGCACGCCGGCUUCAACGAGCUUGCGGGCAGGGACGCGGGGGUACCAGAGCCAGUGUCACCUGUGGCGGACACUCCUGUGGCGUCCCGCGCCGAAUUUGUGGCAACGCUGCAGUCGGAGCUGCGUCGUGCAGAGGAAAUGAUUCGGCAGAUGUCUGCGUCCGAGGCAGAGCGCAACGCACACGUUGCCCAGCUCGUGAAGCGGCAUGAGGAGGAGCAGGCGGCGAUGCGGGCUGCGGCGGCAGCGAUGGCGGCGGCGGUGGCAACGAAGGACGCCGAUAAUUGUGCCCCCCGUGCAGUGACAGCGACGAUGCGGCUGUGUCGCGAUGAGCCGUAUCUGCUAAACAUGGACGGGGCGGGUGACUGGGUCGUUGCGCAUCUUGGGCCCGGCAAGGCGCUUGUAGGGGUGUUUCCGCCCAACGUGGGCGCUGUGAAUAACACUGCAGCGGCGGCAUCCGCCGCGAAGGGGAAUGAGGGUGGUGAAGUCGGCAGCUCAUCAACAUCGUUCGACUCCUCUCUCGUGCUGCCAUCGUAUUAUACCGGCUCCGACGCCGGUGCGAAUGGCGCGGCACCCGAUGAAGGCGCCGACGUGCGACAUGUUCGGCUGUCAAGAGAGUUUAGCGAGGGCGUUGGUGGGCCGCACUGCAUUCUCGAGCACUUCAAAGCGGCGGGCACUGCGGCGACGGCUAGCUUCACAACGACACUGAGGGCGUGCGCGGGGUACGAGACGCGCGUAAUCCGGCCCAUGUGCCCGAGCCCGUUCGUCGUCAAGGACGGGGACACGCUCCUUCUGCAGAGCGGAGACGUGCUGGACAUGGGUGCCGACCACAUCCAUCUCAAGUACAUGGACCCUGCAGAGCCCCCGGUGACUGCGCGUGGGCGGCGAACAGUUCACAUGGAAACGACCGCAUACGUCGGCGGUGACGGCCAGGGUUCCGAUGGGGCUGAGAGCGAUCGCGUCAUGAGCUCGGCGGCGGCUUCCCCUGCCUCUGCAGGCUACAAGGAGGAGGAGGCGUUGAUGUCGCUGAAGCGUUUUAUCGGUUUUUCUGAGGCGCACCCGGACGAGGAGGGCGCGGGUGAAGAGGCGUGCGAGACACGCGGUACGUCUGGGGACGGCGACGGUUGUAAGGGUGAUGGCGUGGAGAGGGCGUCGUCUUUUGAUAGGGAAUCUUCACAUUCGGUCUUCGACGACGAGUACUCGACUUCCCCCGCCGCUGAGUACAAUGAGGAGGACAUUGGCGGGCGACGAAACAGUUGUGAGGCCGGUAUCAGCACCACCAUGGCGACGCCGCAGCCGCCAUCUAGGCCCCUCAUUCCCACCCUAGCCUUGGCCAAGGCGCUCCCAGCGAACCGGUUGUCAACGCCCCCGCCACAGCAGAUGCCCCAACGGCAUCACUCGGCGUCCGGAGUGCCCUUCAACACGAUGAGCGGCAACGCUAAGGAUUCGGCAUCCUCUGCGAUACUGUCGGACUGGGAAGAUCACUCAACUGUGAACCUCUCGGUGAACGAGGGUAUUGAGGCACCUAGCCUCCCGAUCCCCCUUCAGCGCCGGUCGACGCCGGCAGCUGCCACGGUUGUGAAGACGCGAGUGCCGAGCAAGCGCGUCCCACAGACGGCGCACCUGAACCCCAACUCUGCGUUGUCCCUGUCAGAGUUGCAGUCGAUGUGCGCCAAGUCGCCGUCGAAGUCAUACCGCAGUGAACCUCCACCACGCUUUGUGGGUCUCUACAACCUCGUCCUCGUGGGGCCAUCCGGCAGCGGCAAGAGCAGUCUUGUGCGGAACUUGCAGACCGAGGACACGCCAUGGCUGCAGUCGGCUUUCUCAACGCUCAUGGCCACCGGGCGCGCCUACACGGGCGCCGAUGCCGACGGCAGCACACCCGCCUCCGCGGAGGCGCAUCCCACGAUUGGCAUUCAAACCACCACGCUGACGACCGCCGGCGCGACACCGAUGCGUCUUCGCGUGUACGAGCUUGGCGGCACGCCGUGCUUUAGCCCACUACUAGACCAACUCCCAUCCCGCCGGGUGACAUACUUGUUGUGCUUCCCGCUAGACGGUGGACCGCCGCUCGUUGCCCUGCGCGGCAUUGUCGAAGACAUUUUGUGCCGCACGGACAGUCACAUGGUGUCACUGGUGCUGGUUGCCACACACGCGCGCCACAGUAGCGCUGCCGAUGGCAAGGGCGGCGGCGGCGGCGGCAGCCUCUUCUCUCGCCGCCUUCCAGCUGUGAGACAGGAGAUGCUGCGAGCUCAGAUGGAAGAAGUGGAGCUGCAGGUGGUCAGCCUCAUUCAGAUGCUGCAGCCGUAUGCACAGCUGCGUCCUACAGUGGUGGGCCGGUUCGCAGUCGACAACGUGCACCGCCAAGUGUACUCGACCGGGUAUCGGGCCGUGGAGGGGUUUCCCGAGUGGCUGCAGUGGCUCGGAGACCUGGCGCGUGACCGGUGCCGAGGUGAUGUGGAUUUUGCCAGCGGACUCGUGCCUGCACGGUGCAUGGAGCUCAGCCGCCAGGUGGGUCUGCUGCGGGAGCGUGGCAAGUGGUGCCUGUCUCUGCGCGACUUCAAGGCGCUGGCAACGGCCGUCAGCACGCAGUACAACACAGCCGAAGCCGCGAGCGCUUCUUUUGUCAGAGACACGCUACGUCAGCACGUGCAGCUGCUUACAGACUGGGGCGUGCUGGCGCACCGCUUUCGAAGCACACCGCUACGUCAACAUGUGGUUCUCGAUGUAGUGUGGCUCUGCCGUGUGCUGACAACGCUGGCGUGCUGCGCGCUGGUGGGCCAAGUGGAGUCUGGCGGCCUCAGCACCGCGGGUGCUGCUAGGAUGGUUGCCGCGGCCGGCAAGCGAGACACGGUGCUCCUGAAUCGAAAAGACCUGGCACUGCGUAUCUUGUUCACCCCCAAGGCGGCGCGAAUCGUCGAUGUGGUGAAAGUCGUGACUAUGGACACGGCGCGCCUUCUUCGCUAUGGUGUCUUGUCGAUGCCUGUUCUCGUGACGAUGCUGGAGCCCCACUUCAAGCCAUGGGACAGUGAAGGAGCCGCCGCCGGCAGCAGCGGCGGCCUCGAGGCAGGCAUGAGUGCCGUGAGAAGAACAGACAACCUCGCCGUCGAUGGCUGCGACACGGCUGCGAGCAGCGUGCGCUAUAGCGUUUCGCUGGCUGGUGUACUCGAAUUCCUUGUACUGUGCGACGUUAUCAUUCUGGGGCACAAGCUGCUACUCAGUCCAUCCGCCGAGGAGGCGGUUCGAACUUCUACGGCGCCGCAGCAGGAUUUAGUGGGGUGCUCACGCAGUCUUCCCGUGUCUGCCGCAUCAGAGCAGGAAGGAGGCCGUUCACACAAUGACAACGACCGCAUCCUGGAUGACAUCAACCCGGCGGAGGAGGGCUUUGUUGUGUACCCGCUGAGUUGUCGCACCCCCGCAUCUGCUGGCGUCACGUGGCUUUUCACGUGCUUCCUCUCCGGUCCAUUCUACAUGUUCAAGCUCGACAUGGUGCCACGCAACUUCUUCCCGAAGCUCAUAUGCCGCCUGGCAACGGUAUCGGACAAGAUCUACCUCGGCCCUGUGCAGUCGCAGAGCUGGGGCGCACCGACUCAGUGGCGGGAAACGGAUGCGACGCGUGAGCGAGGUGUUGUUGGCGGGAGAACACCGGCGGCGCACGGCCCGUUCGACUCCUACUUUUCGGAAUGCGCUGGCAGGUCGUUUGUGCUGCCUCGAUUCCCGACGGACUUGACGCCGACCGCCGCCGAGGUCUCACCGCGAAGACGAGAGGGACUGUGGUUUGAUGCGGCGUGGCUGGUGUACAAGGACUCGGCACACGACGAUGACGGUGAAAGCGACAAUUGCCGUGUGCUUGUGCGGCUGGUACACCACAGUGUGUUCCUGUCUUUCCACUGCCACCAGGCAGGCUCGUCAUCGGGCAUGAGCGGUGGCAGUGCUAGCCCUGGCGUUCAGGAUUUUUACGAAGCCGUUCUCGAAGCGGUUCGGCACGUGGUAGAGGAAUUCCCCGGAGGCAAGUGCAGCGAGUCCAUGCAGUGCUGUGUUGACCCUGUGAUACUGCUCGAGAUGGAGGUGAAGCACCCCGCCGUUCAGUCCGACCAAGAGACGGCAGCCUUGAAGCGUCACGUGCGAUUUGCCAGCAUCAACGACAACCUCAACAGCCUUGAGCGCGUGCUUGCCAAGAGCGUCUCGGCGCUGUGGACCGCACGCACGGCCCGCCGCUCUCAUACGUCACGUUCGGAAGAUGGCGAGGACGAGAGCGCCUACGUGCCACUGCUGCACAAUUUCAGUGCUACGUGUCCGCUUGACGUUGCCGAGUGCAUUCAGCGCUGGAAGACGGAGCAGCACUUCCACAUAUCCACGGAGCUGGAGGCACGGCUGGUGGGUGCACUGCAGGAGCUUGGCGCAUGCUACCAUGGGUCGGCGCCGGUCGCUGUUAACAGCUGUUUCGCGCUGGAUCGGUUGCUGGACGUGCUGGCUCACAUUGACACGGAGUGA